AUGAGCCUAGCACUGAGUUCCGAGCCUAUCGCCCGAGCCUACGUGUUCCCACACCUGGCCAACAUGCUGAAGCUGCCCUUCUGGAAGCCCCUCCCCCAGUUCCCACCUCGCGACGCCGUCCCCCUCGACUGGCUCCUCUACUUCGCCUCCUUCGGCCGCAUUCUCCUCUGGAACAUCAUCUUUAUCCUGCCGGCACUCGUCAUCUCGUUACUGUCACACGUGGUGGCGCCGCUGGUGAUCGGCGCGGUGAGGAACGUGAUUGUGGUGAUCAGCUUCGGGCUGGCUCAGAACGAGCUGAGCUUCGCACAUGUCUUCAUGGACGAAGUAUUGGACCUGGGGCUCUCCUCUCAGCACGUGGAGCAUUGGAACGUGCAGAAACUUCUUGCGCUGGCCAAGACGCGGUCGCUGCAGGGCGAGCUGAUGGCGGGGUAUGAGGAUGACACGUGUGACAUGGGGGAGGCGGUAUUUGAGGAGGGGUUACUCGGAGAGGGGUUGCUUGUGAAUGGGGCACCUGGAGGAGGAGAGGAGGGGAUGAAGGGUGAGGGUGAAGGAAAGGCGGCGGCUGUAGCAGGGGGGACUGGGGCGGGGGAGGAAAAGGACAAAGACAGCUGCUACCGCCCGACUCUCGACCCGUGCUUGAGCAACUCUGCUGGCCAAUGGCAGCGCAGCGCGAGCCGGCUGCGUCGACGAGUUACGUUCAAGAGCAGUAGAACGUUUGGAGGCGACAUCCGGGGAGAUGAAACUCUCGGAGAUGAAACUCACGGAGACGUAACGGGCGGAGAUGUAACUGCCGUGGCGACAUGUCACACUCAUGAUCUCCCUCUGCUGCCACUCGGCGAAAGCCGAGGAUGUUCCUUCGACCCGUCCCUUACUCACUACAACCACUCAUCGCUACAAGGGGAAGGGCAGGGUGGAGUAGGGGGGAAGCACAGGGAUGUUGAGUUGACGAGAGGAGGGAUGGAGAAGGUGGGAGAGAGUGCGAGGGAGAGUAAGAAGCAUGGGGAGGAGCAACUACUGUAUGAGUAUUUAUGGGAUGAUAAGGAGCUGGAUGAGGCUGCAGCUAAGUGUCUUACUUACCAGUGUCUCGAGCCGGAAAUCAACAAGAUGUGGAAAAACCCGCGGCUUACCCCGCAGCAGUUUGUUCGGCAGUUUAAGCAGCUGUGUGUGAUGAUUGAGGAUCGGUUUAAAGAGCUCACGGUCUCUCCUGCCUUCGUUCGCACUGCGGCUGCCAUGGCUUUCGCGGCAAUCAGCAGGCCUGCAACGCAAACGAUCAGCGUAUCUCGUGAAUGUCUGUCCACAAGCUCUAGCCAGCCAACUAGACGAGUGGAAUUGCGCUCGAAAGGCUCGAUUCGCAGGAAUCGCAACGCAUUGAAGAGCCAUUAUUGGGGUUCUCGCCAGGCGACGGCGAACGGCUGUUUCCACUCCCAUUCCCUUCUGGCGCGAACUGGAUCGACACAGAGCGGCAAUACUCAUCGUUGGAGGUGUGAGGCAAGCACCAGCGGAAGCCCUAAACCGGAAAUUACGGAGAAAGAGAGCCAAGAGCGGGCCGCAAAUUCUGCCGCAUCCAACGGUUCAGCCGCUUCCGGUUCGGACAAACCGAAGCUGAUUGCAUACGACUACGGCUUUCAGUCCAAGUUUCUUCGCACGGGGCCCAACGUCCCUGGUAACGUCUUCAAGCUCGCGUUCGAGAAUUUCGCCCGCGAGUAUGCGGCCCUUCGUAGCAACGUUCUAUACGAGGAGCUCAGCGACGUGCGAACCGACAACAUCAAAAGAAACGGCAGGCAACUUGCGCUCGCGUACGCGGGUCGCUUCCUCGUUUCCACCCUCAAGUUCUUUGACAAGCUGCUCACGCUCUAUGACGGACUUCCAGAGAUCAAGCCCCCUCCUGCUAUGCCCGAGGAAAGUGAGGCUCUGCGGAAAAAGCUGCAGCAGCUGACGCUGAGCAACGAGGCAGUGGCUAAGAGGGAGGAGGACCGGCCUCAGGUGGAGGCGCCUGGGUGGAUCCUGCUGCCUUACAAGCUGCUGUGCUGGAUGCUAGACGUCAUCUUCUACAACCGCCCCAUCCAACGGUUCUGGUUCCUCGAGACCGUAGCACGCAUGCCAUACUUCUCCUACAUCUCCAUGCUUCACCUCUACGAGACUCUGGGAUGGUGGAGGGUCGGAGCGGAGGUUCGGAAGGUGCAUUUCGCGGAGGAGUGGAACGAGAUGAACCACCUGAAGAUCAUGGAGUCCCUCGGCGGCGACCGGCUCUGGAUCGACCGAUUCUUCGCACAGCACGCGGCGAUCCUCUACUACUGGGUCCUCAACUUGAUGUUCUUAGUGUCCCCGUGCGUGGCGUACAACUUCUCGGAGCUGAUCGAAGCGCAUGCGGUGGACACGUAUGGCGAGUUUGUGGAUGAGAACGAGGAGCUGCUGAAAACUCUGCCUCCCUCCCCAGCAGCUAUUGCCUACUACAACAGUGAUGACCUGUACAUGUUCGAUGAAUUUCAGACAUCCCGAGUCCCUGAAUCCCGGCGGCCGAAGAUUGAGAACCUGUACGAUGUCUUCUGCGCCAUCAGGGACGAUGAGAUGGAGCAUGUGAAGACAAUGUCUGCCUGCCAGCAGCUCGACUCGGUCCCCGCCACGCAAUCAUCAUCCCGAGCCGCUACUGCUGCGAGUGGUCCCGGAUGGUAUCGGAACCGCGCGUCCGUACCGUUUCCGCUGUCCACGCGACCGUCAUCCCAAGCUGCGGCUGCUGUCAACGGUCCCGUACGGUACCGCAGCCGCGCUGUCGUACCGUCUCACCCCGCCUCGCAAUCAUCAUUGCGAGCAGCUAGUGCUGCAGCCGCUGCCAGCGGGCCCUGCUCCUUCGUGUCCUGCCCCAAGGGCUGCACCUGCGCUGCUUCCGGGGGCGUCGCCAAAUGCUCGUGCAAAGAGCGGUGCAAUGGUGUGCAAAUGUCCAACCCGGGUCCGUUCCUCCUGUCUCCUCCCCUGUCUCAUCCCCCCACUUUUUUAGACCCCUGCUACGGUGUCAAGUGCCCUCACGUGUCCAAGUGCGCGUUGCAGGGCGGUGCAGUGGUGUGCACAUGUCCUGCUCCCUUCAAGCGUCUGAUCAACAACCGGUGCUCCUCUGAUGAUAUUCCCAACUCCGAUUAUCUCGACCCACACAACGCGGCCAGGGCUGCUGUUGGCGCCGUGCCCCUCGAAUGGGACGACGCAGCCCAGGCGUGGGCUGACAAGCUAGCCAGCGACAAUAACUGCGGCCUCGAACACGGCGGCAUGGGGGAUGGCGAGGCGACGGGCAGAACCUCUCUGGCGCACCACACGCCCCUCAUUCCCUCUCCUUCCUGUUCCUCUCUUUCCCCCCCUCAUUCCCCAGUGGCUGAAACAGCCCAGGCGUGGGCCGACAAGCUAGCCAGCGACAACAACUGCGGGUUAGAGCACGGCGGCAUGGGAGAUAACGAGGGGCAGAACCUGUCAGGCGCAGGCCCGUCUGGGUGGGCUUCAAAUAGCGACGCAGUGCAGUGGUGGGUGGGCGAGGGGAAAUGGUACAAGCGCCCGCCUGCUAUCUUCCCUGCUGGCUGCAUCGGUGGCGACUGGGGCAGAUGCGGCCACUACACGCAGGUGAUAUGGAACAACUCACGCAAGGUGGGGUGUGGCAAGGCGUCGUGUGGCGAGGACAACGACGUGUGGGCGUGCAACUACUAUCCCGCGGGCAACUUUGUGGGCGAGCUGCCUUAUGUUCAAGACCCGUGCUUUCGAGUGCUCUGCCCCUCCACGUCCAAAUGCGCUGCUGUGAAUGGCAAGCCCGUCUGCCUGUGCCCACGGGGCCAAGUGCUGGUCAAUGGCAGCACGUGCCAAGCAGACCCAUGCAAAGGCGCGGCCCCUUGUCCCGGGGACUUUGUGUGUGAUGGCACGUCUGGUGCGGCCAAGUGUGUGUGUCCCACGGGGACUGUGCAGAUCGCUCCCAACACAUGCCAGGCGCCUUCAUGCAAGGGAGUGAAGUGCCCGGCGUCUGCUCGCUGCAGGGCGGACAGCAACGGCAUCCCUUUCUGCGCCUGUCCCGCCUCCCAAUCCCUCGUCAACGGCGCAUGCACUAAAGCCGGUCCCCCCACUGUCACCACCAGCAUCGCUCUCUUCACCCGCCCAUCCUUCACUGGCACUCCCAUUGUGCUUCGAGCCCCCAUGCCUGACACCGACGAUCCCACUGGCUGCGUCAACAUCCCCUCCUCCAUGGCUGGGGCCGUGGGUUCCCUGAAGAUUCUCUGGGACGCUCCUGAUGGGGCCAAGGGGGCAAGGGUGGCGUGUGGGCUCAUGUGGUUUUGGAGUGAGGCGGACUGCUAUGGCGGGGCGCCGGGGUGGGACCGACCCGACAACAAUAUUACCAUUGCCAAGACCACGGAUGGAGGAGUUGCCUUGGUGCAAGCUAUUAGCUGCGCGUCGUAA